CCAAGCAACUACAGUCCGUGCGCGGAGCUAAACUGAGACACUUCCAUACAGCGCAAAUGGCUGCGAGUUCCUGCAGAACGACUUGUGCGUUUAUAUGGAUGUUUGCAGUUGUUUCAGCCGCUCGAGUAUAUCCACCGAACGAAGUGACAUUACUGGACACAAGGACAGUUCCCGGGGAGCUGAAAUGGGCAGCCAAUCCCACAGAAGGAGGGUGGGAGGAGGUGAGCAUCAUGGAUGAGAAGAACGUCCCCAUCAGAACGUACCAGGUGUGUAACGUGAUGGAACCCAGCCAGAGCAACUGGCUUAGAACCGACUGGAUCCCUCGGUCUGGAGCGCAGCGCGUCUAUGUCGAGAUCAAGUUCACCCUCCGGGACUGUAACAGCCUGCCUGGAGUCACCGGCACCUGCAAGGAGACCUUCAACCUCUACUACUAUGAGUCUAACAAUGACAGAGAGCACUACAUCAGAGAGAGCAACUUCCUCAAGAUCGACACAGUGGCAGCCGACGAGAGCUUCACUCAGGUGGACAUCGGAGAUCGCAUCAUGAAGCUAAACACGGAGGUGCGUAAUGUAAAGGUCACAACCCGGAAGGGCUUCUACCUGGCGUUCCAGGAUGUUGGUGCCUGCAUCGCUCUGAUCUCUGUACGCGUUUUCUACAAGACCUGCCCCCUCACCGUCCGUAACCUAGCAACCUUCCCAGAUACCAACACUGGAGCUGACAGUUCCUCGUUAGUGGAGGUCAGGGGGUCGUGCGUGAACCAAUCAGAGGAAAGGGAGGAGCCUAAGAUGUAUUGUGGCGCAGAUGGGGAAUGGCUGGUUCCCAUUGGUGGGUGUGUCUGUAACCCUGGAUGCGAGGAGAAAGGUGGAGCCUGUCAGGCGUGUAAGGUUGGUUUCUACAGAGCUGUGUCUACAGACGAAGCAUGUUCUAAGUGUCCUCCACACAGUCACUCAGAGAAGGUGGGGGCUACUGUCUGUGACUGCAACCCAGGAUACUACCGCUCUGAGACUGACCCUGCAUCUAUGCCCUGCACACAACCCCCCUCUGCUCCACAGCAACUGAUCUCAGAGGUCAAUGAGACAUCAGUGUUUCUAGAGUGGAGCGCCCCCCUCAGGCUCGGAGGGAGAACUGACAUCAGCUACAGUGUGGACUGCCUGCUCUGCCACGGUCCUGAGAGUUACCCUGGGAGUCAAACCGGGAAUCAAACUCAGAUUGGGAGUACGUCUGGGAGUCAACUUGGAGAGGCUGAUAGCCUUUGGGGUCCUGAGGCGCCUCUUGGGGCCCAGCUCUGCCUGCCCUGUGGCCCAGACGUCCUCUUCUCCCCCCAGCAGAGCGGCCUGAGGGCCACCAGAGUGUGUGUGAGCGAGCUGCAGGCACACACACGCUACACCUUCACCAUCUGCGCCCGCAACGGGGUCUCCCAAGACCACACUGCAGGGGCAAGACAGAGUGUGUCUGUCACUCUCACCACCAACCAGGCCGCUCCCUCCUCAGUCACGUCCAUCCAGAACAGUGAUGUCACCAGGCACGGUGUGUCAUUGGCAUGGCAACAGCCCGACCGGCCCAACGGGGUCAUCCUUGAGUACGAGGUCAAGUACUACGAGAAGGAUCAGAAGGAGAGGUCCUACCGCAUUAUGAAGACGGCAUCCCGUAGUGCUGAUAUCACUGGGCUGAGCCCACUGACUGUGUACGUAUUUCACGUGCGCGCUCGCACCGCCGCCGGAUACGGAGAGUUCAGCGCCCCCUUUGAGUUUUCCACCAACUCAGAUCCCUUGCCUCUGAUUGGUAAUGCCGCUAACUCCACGCUUCUCCUGCUGUCAAUCAGCGGGGGUGUGGUUCUACUGCUCAUCUCUUCCACAGUCUUCAUCAUCAGCCACAGGAGGGGACAAUACAGCAAAGCUAAGCAGGACUUAGAGGAGGAGAAACAUUUAAACCCAGGUGUGAGGAUAUACGUGGAUCCGUUCACCUAUGAGGACCCGGACCAGGCUGUCCAUGAGUUUGCCAAAGAGAUUGACUUCUCCAACAUACACAUAGAGAAAGUCAUUGGCAUCGGUGAGUUUGGGGAGGUGUGUAGUGGUCGUCUGCGACUCCAGGGGAAGAGAGAGAUCUACGUGGCCAUAAAGAGUCUGAAGGCAGGAUACACCGACAAACAGAGGCGGGACUUCCUCUCUGAGGCCAGUAUCAUGGGACAGUUCGACCACCCAAACAUCAUCAGACUGGAGGGUGUGGUCACACGAUGUAACCCAGUGAUGAUCAUCACAGAGUACAUGGAGAAUGGAUCCCUCAACACCUUCCUCAGGAAACACGACGGUCAGUUCACAGUGAUCCAGCUGGUGGGCAUGCUGCGUGGCAUCGCGUCGGGCAUGAAGUACCUGUCUGACAUGAGCUACGUUCACCGAGACCUGGCCGCCCGCAACAUCCUGGUCAACAGCAACCUGGUGUGUAAGGUGUCUGAUUUCGGCCUGUCACGAGAACUGGAGGACGACCCUGAGGCAGCUUACACCACACGGGAGGUGACUGGGACAUACCACUCUCCAGGGGGGAAGAUCCCCAUCAGAUGGACUGCUCCAGAGGCCAUCGCCUACAGGAAGUUCACUCCAGCCUCCGACACAUGGAGCUACGGUGUGGUCAUGUGGGAGGUGAUGUCAUAUGGAGAACGGCCAUAUUGGGACAUGAGUAACCAGGAUGUGAUAAAAGCGAUAGAUGAGGGUUAUCGUCUGCCCCCGCCUAUGGACUGUCCAGUGUGUCUGCACCAGCUGAUGUUAGACUGCUGGCAGAGAGACAGAACACACAGACCCAGCUUCACGCAGAUCCUCAACAUGCUGGAUAAACUAAUCCGCAACCCAACCACCACACUGAGGAGGACAGGAGGAGAGAGGCCUGUUCCCACUCUGUUGGAGCCUGUAGUAUGUCCAGAGUUUGUGUCAGUGUGGUCAGUAGAAUACUGGCUCCAGGCUAUAGGGAUGGACAUGUACAGAGACACCCUCACUGCUGCUGGAUACACCAGUCCUGACAGCCUGCUAACCCUCACACAGCAGGACAUGGCCAGUAUAGGAAUCGUCACACCAUCACACCAGGACCAGAUCCUUGCCAGUGUGCAGCAGGUAUUGCUGUCCCACAUGCAACAAAUACAGGAACAGAUGCAGGACAGUAUGGUUCCCGUCUGAGCCAGUGAAUGGAUAAAAAACAGAAACAGACAUUUGUUUUCCAUUUACCUCAUCCAUGCACUUUAGAUUGAGAUUUUCAUAAGGAAUAACGUCAACAAACAAACCCUACAACAGAAAAUAUGAAUGGAGGAGAGAAAAGCAGCACUUUUAUAAACCCUAUAACCUUUGACCUUUGAACUAUGCCCUGAGGAUUGACCUGAAGCUGAAGAAGCUGCCGAAGAGGUUCCCUGUGUGUUUCAGUGGAACCAAUGGAACAUUCCGGCCCUUGUUCUGUUUACUUUUUGUACAUACA